AUGACUAAACAGUCAAAAGCUCGUUGGCAUCUGUUGCAUGCUCCUAUAACAAACGAAACCACUCAUGAAACUGGAUUCAAUCGUUUGGGAUGUGAUCAACCUUUUACUUUAGAUCACAUCCCAAAAACUAAUACCGUAUAUCCAAGUGCACGACAUGGUCAUGCUUGUCAGUAUCUGUCAUAUAUGCAGCCUGGUUCAAAACGCAAAGUACAUGAAUUGGUCCUUUUUUGGGGCGGAAAUUACGGAAUUAGUCAGGAUGCCUUUGUUCUGGACCUAGAAACUAGGACCUGGCGACCCAUUUUAUCUUGGAAAGAAGGAUUUAAAAACAAUGUCAUUGGUAAAAAUGACUCGCUUCAGCAAUUUCAAGAAUCCAUAAAUUCUGUCGGCACUCCAUCUGCAGCAUCCGGUUCUACAUCUGAUGAAAUAUCAAAAAUAUAUUUAUUUGGGGGAAUGCAAGAGGAUCAAGAAGGCGAUCACAUUACCAAUGGCCUGUAUGUUUAUGAUGCACAGAAAGACAAAUUUGAAACCAUUACCAGCUCCAAUUCACAGCUUCCAACCCCACGAUUUGCUGCAUCAGCAACAUAUGUUCCAUAUAACAAUGAGUCUACUACAGCUUCUCAAAUUUAUGUGUUUGGCGGUCUUGGUGCAGAUCAUUUACCCAUGUCCGAGUUUCAUGCAUUUGAUUUGAAGAAAUCGACCUGGCAUUUAAUUAAAGCUGAUGGCAUACCUCCUACUGCCAGAGAAUCUCAUACAGCUUUGUUCAGUCCAGCAUCGCAUGGAAAUCCGACAAGAAUUGUAAUAUUUGGUGGUUUCUCCGGUCAUACAGAACAGGAUUUUCAAAGAUUAAAUGACAUUGUUUACUACAACAUUGAUGAACAAACAUGGUCACGACCAGAUAUCCAGGGGUUUAUUCCUCCCGGACGAUCUCUACAUACUAGUGUCAUGCUGAACAACAAAAUGAUUGUUUUCGGAGGAAUGCAGCACCGUGUAAAAGAUACUACUGUACUGAAUGAUUCGCAAGACUCUGUUCAAUAUGAAAAUAAUGCCAAUAGUGAAUUGCGUCAAUGGGAGUGCUCCAGCACGGUAUUUACAUUUGAUUUAGCUACUGAAACAUGGGAAAGUGUCGAGGCGGAACCUGCAAUUCACGAUCAAAAUGCUUGGCAUGCUCCUUCCCCUCGAUCGGGUCACACCGCUGUCAUGGUGGGCAAUAUGAUGAUUGUAGUCGGCGGAAACUUGGAAUACAAUUCAAAUACGGGCUCGAGACAAUGUACAAACGAUAUCUGGGCUCUCGAGUUUGGACCGCCACCACCACCAGGUCAAAUAACUGUCACUCCUUCCGCGACAUCCGUGUCACCACUUUACUCGGAUAAUCAAUUGGACGGAAUGCCUGCAGCACAGUUUAAAUGGGCCGAUGAGUACUCUUGGAUUCCAAAUAGAUCAUAUCGGCUAGAAGUGCAAGAUCGUAGUAAUGAUCCAUCAACCUGGCGUGUAUUAUAUGAAGGAGUGGAACGAUCAUUCAUUAUUCCUUUGGUCUCUAGUAAGCGCAAAUCUAUGAUGAGUUUGGAUAGCAAUCAGUCAUCCGUCAGUCACUUGCUGCCUUUGGAUGAACUGGAUGACAGUUGUAUCUAUUGCGUUCGAGUACUUUGUAUCAAUUUUGCAGGAGACAGUUUAGAUUGGUGCUCGCUUAGAUUGAACGAUACUCCACCGAUUGUAUGGAUCCGAAAUGGAAUGAUUAUUGAAGAUAUUUCUUUGCUGCCGCCUUCACCAACAGACUUUGUUGCACAACUGAAUACUACAAAUGCCUUUGGCGAAGUUUCUUUUUCAUGGACAAUACCAUUGGUUUCUUUAGAAACAGUAGGUGUUCGCCUUUACUCCCGUGCCAUAGUCGCGCUGAAUAGUAUGCAUAAUGAUGCAGAUCAUUCAGUUGCAUGUAAACAUCAAAAAUCGCAGACAGAUUUGCAACACACAGACUCCACCGUGUCAAAAAAUGACACUGAAACUCUGAAUUUAACAGGAAAUUGGCAGUGCGUUUGGGAAGGUGGUGGUAUAAGCCAUCAGUUGACUUUGACAUAUCUUCGAGACUUUAUCUUGAUUCCAAUGAUCUCUACCAUAACUCUAGACUGUGAUAAAACUGGACUGACAAUGCCACCCAAAGACAUUUUUGACGCUUGCCAAACAGGAGAUCAUGCAGUUUUGGACAUGCAGCUUGAAGACUCGGUCAUAAAUAUUGCAGGCAAUAAACGGUCUUGGUCAGCUGUGGAUCAUGAGUUGACGCCAGAGAAUCUGUUGAGAUGUGUCAACUCGCUGCAGUACGAAUUCAAAAUUUGCACCGUUACCGCUGAUAAGGAGUUUACCGUGUGUUCUGAUUGGUCUCAUAUCGCUACUUUAGACUUUCCGCCUUCAGUUUUGUUGCCAUUACCCACUCUGCCGUCCAGUACUCCAUCUAGUAUCUCUUUGCUGAAAAAAGAAGAUCAAACAGAUUCUCAACAAACAUCCAAUACCACACCAAAGACAGAUACAGAUACACCUACUACCAAGCUUAAACCAUUGAAAAAUAUGUACCCGAAUCUUCCUGAACUUGGUAAUCUGGCUCUCCCUUUUCAAUAUAAUCUUCGAUUUGGCGACAAGAUUGAAUCUAAAUGGGUCAAAUUUCACAAGACAUCCGAUAUAUACGAAAAUGGUACUUACAAUGGGUUGUGGUAUCCCGCUCGCGCGAUAUAUUAUAUGCCAUCCAUGGACGGGCAAUGCUGGCGGCUAAAGGUUCAUUUUGAAGGGUGUAAAAAGUCGCAAGAUCAAUUUAUUUCGUUAAUUGGUGAGACGACCAACCUGAUUCGACUGCCGUUGGGUGGAGAUGGUGUUGCGGUUCCUGGAUUAGCAAAAGAGGUUGGAUUUUUUGAUUUAGACUCGACAAAAACGUAUAUACUGACCAAAGACCAAAAGGAAAUUGCACGACUGGGACAAUGUAUAAUCAAGAAUCGUUGACUUGCAAUGUUUUGACGAGAUCUGAUGCAUGCAUCCUUUUACAGCCUUUCCAUCAACUAAUUCACCUAAAAUCUAAUCAUUGCUUCCAACCCGAAUCUAGUCAAAUCCUUAUAUAAAAGUUACUUUAUUAUUUUC